GGGUUGCGGUGGGCACGCCUCUGAGCUGGGAGCCUCAGCACAGCUCUCCGGCUUUUCUAGGGGGAGGUGCCUGGUUGUGACAGGUUGGAGGAUCCCCAGCCCGGAGGGAGAUUGGGGUUAGACAGCUAAAGUAAGGUUCCUGGGAGUUGAGUGGGAAUCUCCAGAGGGUGCAGGCUGGGUCCUCCAUGCCAGCUGCCCUGACAUGGCGUUGGAAAUACCUGCUUUAAGCUUACCAUAUGCCAGCUUCUGUUCUAAGUACUUCCAGUAACGAUUUUAAUUCUUCACAAUAAACCUUUGAGACAGGUACUGUCAUCCCGUUGUAGGGAUGAGAAAAGAGGUAAGGAAGAUGACAGAGGUGGGAUAUGAAUCCACUCGUUGUGGUCCCAGACUCCUCAUUCUAGCCAUCUUGAGGCCUUUGUGGCCCUUCCGAUAAUGGACCAGGAGCUGGACUUGGGGCUGGGGGUAGAUUCCUGUCUUCCAAAGGGGUCUGGGGAUUCCAUGCCCCCACAUCACUGCUUCCUUCUUCUGCCUGGGUUUCCUGGAAAGUGUGACAGAGUCGAUGUGGUCGGAAGUUCUGCGGUCACGGCUCCCCAGGCUGCAGACCCUGCCCGGAUGGGGCCCCUAUGCCUCCUCCUGACUCUGCGCUGCUCCUGGCCCAGGUGGUGCCUCGGGAGGCCUCCCAGCACUGCGGGCGCCUGGAGUACUGGAACCCUGAUAACCGGUGCUGCGGCAGCUGCCUGCAGCGCUUUGGGCCACCCCCCUGUCCCGACUACGCCCGAGUUUUCGGAAAACUGCGGGCUCAAUGAUUCUGGCGAUCACAUGUCGCGUCCCUUCAAAGAAUGUCCUUUUGGGCAGUGCAGCCCCGACAGUGCGGAGCUAUGUAGCCCCUGUGGCAGCGGAGCCACGGCCCCUGCUCCCGCGGGGAGCCGGAGAGGAACACAGCAGCGCUGCCCACAGAGGUCGAUCCCUCCCAAGGAGCCCUGCCCCCUGAAGUCUGGGAAACCAGAUGUCCUUAGCUCCCAGGAUCCCAGCCCAUCACCGAUUUCCAGUCUGUCGUGGACAUCUGAGCGCAGCGUCACUCAGGUCUUGCCAAAUUUUGCCCUGCCGGUCGUGCUGGUUUUCAUGGUGCUGGUUCUGCUGGUCACCUCAGCAGUGGUCCUCCUGGUGGGCCAGUGGUGUCACCGCCAGGCAAAAGUUGUCCUCCAUCCCUCGUCCUCUCCAGGCUCCCUGGAGGCAUCAGAGACAGGGGACUCACGGAAGGAGGUCGCUCUGGUUCCACUCCUGGGCAGAGAACUGCCGAAUUUGGCUUCACAGCCCCUGUCUCGCCUCCUGGAUGAGCUGGAGGUGCUGGAGGAACCGACUGUACUGCUGGAUCCCGAGCCGGGGCCGGGCGGCGGGAUGGCCUGUGGCACCACCAGACACCUGGCGGCGAGAUACGGAGUGCCUGCUGCCUGCUGCACCUUCGCGUACUCGUUGCGGCCCGGUCGCUCGCCACUUCGGGCCUUGAUUGAGAUGGUGGUGGCAAGGGAGCCGUCUGCUUCUCCGGGCCAGCUUGGCACACACCUGGCCCAGCUAGGGCGGGCAGAUGCGCUGCAGGUGCUGUCCAAGCUUGGGUGAGCUGGGACUUGCCCAGCCUAGUCCUUAAUAAAGUUUCCCGUGAAAUAAG